AUGGCCUCAGCAACCACAGGGACAGCAUCAGAAGCCUCAUCCAGCAAGGCCGGCGCGCAGAACCCUUUCUCACCCUUCUCCUUAUCAAUAGGUCCUAGACCAAGAGGGCAACGACAGCCACAGCUACCAAUCUUCUCCAGUGACGACUUCCCUCAAGCAGAGGCGAGAUCACGUCCUAGCAAUAAUGUGAACAACGGGAACACCACUCCUCAAACCCCACAGGACAUCCGAAAAAGGUCGUUUACGACAAACGAAAAGUGUCACGCCAUACAAAUGUGCCUGUCCCUAACAGAGGAGUACCUCGCCAUGCCUUUGGCCCUCCACCACGACCAAGGGCCCUUCUGGACCAAGGUUCUGAAUCAGAAACUUGAUCGUGGCUUGGCUGCGAAGAUGAAAACAUGGAAAGUCUUGAAGGAAUCUGUAGAGUAUUGGUGCCUCUUUCGACGCACACUACUCCGAGAAGGCCGCUUGCCGGCGGUAUCGCAAAGUCAACCAGAGUUAGAUACUCUGAUUGACUCUUGGAACAAGGUCUUCGCAAAACGCUUUUGUCGUAUGUACAGAGGCUACUUUGAGAGCGCCACGGUGUCACAGCUCCCUAUCCGUUCUGCUGUUCCCUCGCCAAUGGCCAGCAGCGAUCAAAACGCAUUGUCAGAACCGAACGAGAUUGUGUCAGGAAGGAAAAGAAAGAGUGUUGAGCCUGUCCCUAGGAUCACACCUACGCAUGAUUCCCCUCAUCUCGGCCGGGACACACCCAACAGGGGCGUAUCCGACAAUCAGACAAAACGGCAAAGGCAACGGUCACCUUCAAGAGGACCGGAAUCACUGCAAGGACGACAGAACAGGCCGGAUAUGCAAUACCCAGACACAUGGGUUGCUAACCGCGAACCCCAGCGCCGUUGCGAACCCAGGGGGUUUCGAGAAAACACAGUUGAAUUCGAUAACUUGUCCACACGCCGCCAAAACCAUCUCAUUAGGACACAGAAUCGUACUCUGCUCGAGAGACUUGAGGAGUUGGGACCUCGAUGCGAGGAGGGGCCAAGAAUCAACCGUUGGUCUUGA